CUGUCUGAUCAGCACCACACUGCGCGCUCUGCUUGCGCCAGGAAUAGUCCCGCUAACACAAGCCACAUUAACGGGCUUACAGUGACAGACUCACACCUGAUCGGAUUUUCCACUCAGAAUUUUCUUCGUUUUUUGCUGCUUGGUCAUUGCACUACUUUGUAAAUUUACUUAUACGUGACGUGUGAUUGUGUGGACCUGUUUGGAACACACGUUUACGCACGAAACUUGAAAAGUGGACUUCAUCUGAGACUGCUGAGGGCUUUCGUCUUUUCCCCUGGCUUCCCUUAAGGAUAAACGCCGUCGAUAUGUCUUCAUUCUUGUAUGGUUUGUUAUGUUUUUGCGCUCUGGGUUGCGGUCAAUUAACGAGCGCCCAACCGGAUGAUGGAAAGCGGUACAUCUGCCGGGCAGUACCCCUCAGCGGAGAUGCUAGCUGCCCUGUGACAUUGUUGCCUGAUCUAAGCACCGGGGGCCAGGAAGAGGAGCUCAGAAAUACUGUCAUGCAGCUACGGGAGACGAUUUUACAACAGAAAGAAACGAUUUCUAAACAGAUCGGCACCAUUAACGAGCUGACCACCAAGUUGUCCCUCUGCGCCUCAGCCAGCGACGACAGGGAGUACAACAAAGGGGGUUCAUGGGGUAAAGAAAAGCAAAACACAAUGGGGGAUGUUCCUAGAGAUCCAAACGACACAAUCGACAGUCUUGGAAAAACCAUGCAGGGGCUCAAGGACCGGCUGGAGAACUUAGAGCAACAGCAAAUGAGGGCCAACAUAUCUGGCGCCUCGUUCCCCAGUGAGCUCCGCGACUUGCUGCAGCGUCGCCUCGGGGAGCUGGAGAAACAGCUCCUGAACAAAGUGAGCAACUUGGAGCAAGAGAAGAGCAUGCUGUCUAACGCUACAGCUGCCUACAGGUUGAAAACUGAGAGCACUCUGAACGCCCUGGUGGAGAGGAUCAGUGAGCUGGAGAAAGGUGGAGGAGAUUUUAAAUCCCCAGAACAGUUCAAACUUUCUCUCCCCCAGCGGACCAACUACUUAUAUGGCCGCAUCACCAAGAGCCUCCCAGAGAUGUACGCCUUCACACUCUGCAUGUGGAUCAAGUCCAGCGCCAGUCCUGGCAUUGGGACGCCUUUCUCUUACGGUGUUCCAGGGCAGGCAAAUGAGAUUGUGCUGAUUGAAUGGGGCAACAACCCAAUUGAGCUGCUCAUCAAUGACAAGGUUGCCCAGCUGCCCCUGGAGGUACGUGACGGCAGGUGGCACCACAUCUGCAUCUCCUGGACCACAAGGGACGGCCAGUGGGAAGCUUACCAAGACGGGGACAAGCUGGGAACCGGUGACAACCUGGCGGCCUGGCAUCCCAUCAAACCUGGAGGAGUCAUCAUUCUGGGGCAGGAGCAGGACGUGGUUGGUGGGCGCUUUGACGCCGGACAGGCUUUCGUAGGCGAGCUGAGUCAGGUGAACAUUUGGGACCGUGUUCUGAAGCCGGUGGAGAUCCAGUCUAUGGCGAACUGCACUUCUUACAUCCCCGGGAACGUAAUCUCCUGGCUAGCAAGCAAUGUUGAAGUCUUCGGGAGGGGAGCUUUCAAACGGCCCUUGGAGGUGUGUCAGGAGCGGCUGCCCAACACUUAAAGUCCAGUGUUUCCAUCCACUCAGCAUUUAAAAAAAAAAUAAAAAAUCCUCUGCUCUUACUGUGAGGCAGCUCAUGGACUUUAUUUUAUAGAUGGAUGUGUGAUAAUGUUGUGUCAUCUGCUUUGCACAGGAGGUGGGAUUUCUGUAAAAGCUCCAAAGCCUAAACUGACGUCGCAGCUGUAACAUUUUGACAGUUAGAUAUGUAGCAGUGAAUGUGGGAAACACACCCAAGCGCAAAUUGUAAUGUGGGUCCAUGUAAGCACAGGCGCAUUUCUAGAGAGCUCAGUCCUGACAUUUCCUUCUGUACCACAAUUAAGGUACUUAAUUCCUUCAGUCCACUAACUAUAAUAACAUCCCCCACAAGUAUUAGAGCUAUGACCACCUUCCCACAGUCUCCCACACACUCCUCCGUUCACUCUUAAAGACUCUAAAGUGAAGAAAAUCCCACUUUAGUCCUAUACAGACGCACGCAAUGCACCACCGCUACUCCGAGGUCGUUACUGAUUCUGCUGCUGACAUGUGAGGUGCUGCUUCGUGCUGCGUGAGAGUGAGUAACAGGAUAGAUUAAAGGUCUGGCUAAUGUUUUGUCUUUUCCUUAGCCAAGCAAUGGACUUAGAGCCAACAUCGAUCAAACCUGUGAUCCUGACAUGUUCAGUCAUUUAAGGUGGGGAACAAACUUGGUCCCCCUGUCUGUUAUGUGGCUGAUAGGUGAGGCAUGUGUGCAAUAGAUCUAAUUCUCUGUUAGAAAUACUGCUGAUUUGGUUUUGCAGCUUGCAUAGUGAAAACCUUGUUAGGGAGCAACAUUUGCAUGCAUAUCUGACGCCAGUGAGUCUAUCACAGUGCUUUCUCCCUGAGCCUUUUCCAUUUGAAGAAUCGUGUUAAAAAUAUAUUCAUAGCAUCAAUGUUGUGAAUUAUUUUUACUCGUGAUUUGUAACAUUGUUAGUAGAUUUGACUGUGCUUGCACAUUCAGAAUUUGUAAAUGUAUUUUUCCAUUAUUUAGUGUUUCCAUGCUGAAAAAAAUGUAGUUUUUUAUGUGGCCAGUCUGCAUAGCACAUGUAUAAGGUGUUGUCCAUGCUGUCCUGUGGCCUUCUUCGAAAUGCUUAAGUGCCAUUGAAUGUUUUCUAAGUGUUAAAAAUCAUUUGCUUUGCCAAAAAAAUGGAAAUGUGGAAAAUAAAUAGAACAUGUGCUGCAAAA